AUGGAGAGAAAUUAUGUGAUUAUGAAUUCUCUGCUGUGCCAAGGAAAUUUGGACCGGACGCCACUACUGAAUGCUGCUGAGUAUGGCAAGGUAGAGGCAGUGCAAUGUCUGAUCAGUAAUGGGGCUGAUCCGGAUUCACAAGACAACAGUGGACAGAAUUCGUUACAUUGGGCUUUCUAUAGUGGUCACACUGAUGUCAUUGAGCUGCUGGUCAGUCAUGUGACUGAUAUUGAGCCAAAAGAUAACAGGGGUAAGACGCCGCUAAAGGUAGCAGCUAAGAAAGGUAAGGUAGAGGCAGUGCAGUGUUUGAUCAGUAAAGGAGCUGAUCCAGAUUCACGAGACAACAAAGGACUUAAUUCGUUACAUUGGGCCUCAUAUGGUGGUUGCGUUGAUGUCAUUGAGCUGCUGGUCAGUCACAUGACUGAUAUUGAGCCAAGAGAUGACAGGGGUAGGACACCGCUAAUGGUAGCCGCUAAGAGGGGUAAGGCAAAGGCGGUGCAGUGUCUGAUCAGCAAAGGAGUUGAUCCAACCUCAUCUGACUACUCUGGUUGGAAUUCGUUGCAUUGGGCCUCAUAUGGUGAUCACGUUGCUGUCAUUGAGUUGCUGGUCAAUCACAUGACUGACAUUGACUCAAGAGAUGUCUUGGGUAGGACGCCACUAAUGGUAGCUGCUGUUGAGGGUAAGGUAAAGGCGAUUGAGUAUUUAAUCACUAGGGGAGCUGAUCCUGCUUCGCGAGACAACCUUGAGAUGAAUUCGUUACAUUGGGCUUCAUGUAGUGGUCACGUGGAUGUCAUUAAGCUGCUGGUCAAUCACAUGACUGAUAUUGAGCCAAGAGAUGCCUCGGGUGAGACACCACUAAUAGUGGCUGCUGUUGAGGGUAACGUAGAGGUGGUGCAGUUUCUGAUCAGUAAAAGAGCUGAUCCAGCUUCACAAGACAACAGAGGACAUAAUUCAUUACAUUGGGCCUCAUAUGGUGGUCGCGUUGAUGUCAUUGAGUUGCUGGUCAGUCACAUGACUGAUAUUGAGCCAAGAGAUGUCAGGGGUGUGACGCCACUAAUGGUAGCUGCUAUUAUGGGUAGAUUAGAGGUGGUGCGGUGUCUGAUUAGUAAAGGAGUUGAUCCGGCUUCAUCAGCUGACUCUGGAUGGAAUUCGUUGCAUUGGGCCUCAGGGCAUGAUCGCGUUGAUGUCAUUGAGCUGCUGGUCAAUCACAUGACUAAUAUUGAGCCGAGAGGUGUCAGGGGUGUGACUCCAUUAAUGGUAGCUGCUAUUAUGGGUAAUGUAAAUGCGGUGCAGUGUCUGAUCAGUAAAGGAGCUGAUCCGUCUUUACGAGACAAUUUUGAUGCGAAUUCGUUACAUUGGGCUUCAUCUGGUGGUCACGUUGAUGUCAUUGAGCUGCUGGUCAAUCAUAUGACUGCUAUUGAGCCGAGAUGUGUCAGGGGUGUGACACCACUAAUGGUAGCUGCUACUAUGGGUAAGGUAGAGGCAGUGCAGUUUCUGAUCAGCAAAGGAGUUGAUCCAGCUUCAUCAGACGACUCUGGAUGGAAUUCGUUACAUUGGGCCUCAUGGGGUGAUCACGCUGAUGUCAUUGAGUUGCUGGUCAAUCACAUGACUGAUAUCGACUCAAAAGAUGUCUCGGGUAAGACGCCGCUAUUGUUAGCUGCUAGCGUGGGUAAUGUAAAUGCGAUGCAGUGUCUGAUCAGUAAAGGAGCUAAUCUGUCUUCACGAGACAACUUUGAUGCGAAUUCGUUACGUUGGGCCUCAUCUGGUGGUCAUGUUGAUGUCAUUGAGCUGCUGGUCAAUCACAUGACUGAUAUUGAGCCAAGACAUCCAUUGGGUUGGACACCGCUAUUGGCAGCUGCCCUUGGGGGUAGGAUACAUGGGGCUCAGUGUGAUCAGUAAAGAAGAUUAUCUGGAAUUACACCACAACAUUGAAUCCUAAGCUGAGGAUGAUUAAACUGCAGUUGUGAUGGCACGACACCUUGGACUUAAUGGGACAGUGAGUUAUCCUCUUAACAAAGGAGCCAAGCCUGACCAAGAACAAUUCAGACAGGUUGUCCUUCACGCAUGCUCAGUGAAUGCAGAGCUUCCUGCGUUUUCUCAUAGAGUUUUGUUAGAUGUCGAUCGUGAAUAGUUAGAAUAUGUGAUUAUUAGACCUUGUAUCCAGGGUUUUUUCCUCCCAACUUGUUGAAUAAACUUGGGAGAAGCUUCGGGCGUGACUUGAUGUAGCGAUAGGAUUUUUAAGUUAACGAGUUUUUAUGCUAUCGCUAAAAAAUAUAUAGAAUUCAACGUAGAAACGGUGAGAUCUUGCUAAGCUCAGCAAAGCGUAAAUGCUACCAAUUCCUAUUCAGUCAAACGUAAACAGUUGUUCUUAGAUCAUAACUGUAAUUAGUGUCAAACUGUAACCGUCACCUGUCGUGGCCUUUAGUGUAGUUGUUAUCCACCCGAACUUUUCGAAAGUAAUUAGUCUUGUUAAAGGCAAAAUUCCUGCCAAGCCAAUCGUUGUACUAGAUUACGUGAUUCUUUAGAUAACUCAAACCAUAACCUAAUCCUUUGUACAUUGGGCUUAAUUAGAGCUGUUUUCUAGAGCUUUCUUUGGUCAAGCUAGCUUAGGUCAGGGCAGAUUAGGGCCACGUCAGUCCAGUGGCGUUGCAGAAUAAAUCUACGUUGGAGCCAACUUUGUGGUGGUUAAUCAUUGUCUCAAGGAUAGUCAACACGCGUAAUGGAUUCCGACCUUCCCGCACCCAGCGAGCGCCCCCGGGCAAGCCUUUUCCAAGAGUAAGUUUAUACAGUUGUUCCCGUCCGUCUGUUUAUUUGUGAAGGAAAAAUCCUGUUUACGCAUCAAGUGAUUUUUUAACACAGACUUCAUGUUUGCAAA